AGACGAAGUUYAGGACAGUUCUUCCUGACGUUCUUCAUGGUGGAAUCCAUAGUCUAUGGUCACGAGCGGGUCACGAGGUAGAAAUGAGCAAUCAAGAAAACACUAACCCAGAUAGUUAUGAAAUACUGAAAACAACAAGCAGUACAASGAAGAACAUACUUUAUGGCUUAGCAAUAGUUGUUGUUAUUGCACUAUCUUGGGUUGGCAGCACUCAACUAGCACAGAGUACUUAUUCACCAAAUUUUAAUGCUCCUUAUUUUACGACUUGGUUUUCUACAUGUUGGGUAAUGGCACUCUUUCCAUUGUAUUCCUUUCCAUGGUGCCUUUUGAAAGGAAAGAACUGGAUAGUGUUUGUCAGGGAAAAUGGCCAAAUAUUUGGAAGCAGUGGCGUGUCUACAAUGUCCAUUAUAAAAUAUGUAUUACCAUUUUGCAUUUUAUGGAUGGGCACAAAUUAUUUGUACAUCCGUGCUCUUGGUGCUAUCAAUKCUGCUGAUGUCACUGCUAUUUUCUCUAGCUGCAGUGCAUUUGUUUACAUUUUCUCAUGGAUUUGGCUUCAAGAAAGAGUUGCAAUCUUUAAGGUAUUGGCAGUAUUAUUAUCUAUUUGUGGUAUUGUACUCAUGGCUUACACAGAUGGAUUUAAAGGAGCUAGUGCAGUUGGUGUUGUUCUUUCUCUUGGCGCAGCUGUUGGUGCAGCUUUGUAUAAGGUGCUCUUCAAGAAAACUGUUGGAGAUGCCACUGCACCUCAAGUUGCUUUGUUCUUAUCUUUCCUUGGAGUUAUCAGCACAUUUUUGCUAUGGCCAAUCAUACUUAUUCUCUACUAUACACAAACUGAACUUAUUCAUUGGAAUAACAUCCCAUGGUCAUACCUGUGUGGAACAUCAAGUUUAAACUUAGUUUUUAACUAUGCAAUUAAUUUUGGUAUUGCCUUCACAUAUCCUUUAUUUAUUUCACUAGGAAUAGUUCUAGGAAUCCCUAUAAAUGCACUGGUUGAUGCCAUUUUUAGGCAAAAAAGCUUUAAUGGUUUAAAAAUCGUGUCUGCCUUUUUAAUUAUCAUAGGGUUUACGUUAAUGCUUGUUCCUGACUCGUAUGAGUAUAGGCUUCAGAACAAGUUGACAUGCAAGAAGGUCAAUGAAGAUAAUGGUGAGCAGGAUUCAUUGAUUAACAAUAGUUAAUAAGGAAGAUACAAAGGGAAUAGACUUUAGAUAGGCUUGUUGGUCAAUUGCCUGCAUGGUGCGCCAUCAAAUUGAUUAGUUGCUGUUAUGCUAUAAUCUGUUCUAAAAACAUUAUUUGUUCUACUCAACCAAUAUUUAUAAUAUCACACUAGCAUAAAUAUACUUGCAGUUUAUACAAACUCAAGGCAGUUUACAUCCAUGAAGAUAGCACAGCCUACACAAUCAAUAGAUAAUUUAUUAUUAUUCUACUUAGAAAAUCUGUUCUGAAAUAAGAAGAAACUAAACAAUACCAUAUACAUGUAUUUCAAGUACUGAUGAAUAGGUCCAUGAUAUAUACAGUGCAGCUAUUAGAGCAAAUUUAGUGUGAGUGUGUAAAAAUCACAGAACUUCCUGUUAUCCAUGCUGUAGUGAUGUUGUAGUGAUGUUUUUUUUUAUUUUCAUGAUUUCAUUACAUCAUUACCAUUGUUAUAAUUAAUUAUGCUAGUCUGUGCUCUUUCACAAACAUAGGAAAUCUGCUCUAUAAAACCAGGACCAAAUGCAUGAAACAAGAGGUCUGAUAUUUCCAAAUAAAACAUUGUGUUCUUAUUCUCUUUCUAAUAUUAUCAAAUUUACAAUGGAAUUGGCAAAUAAAACCCUAGCUCAAGGUGUAAUGUCUUUGUAAAUGAAGAUGGGCCUGGUUUUGGUAGCAGCACUGCAAAUUAAGUUCAACAGCAAUGUCACAAAAAAAAUAAUGUCUAUCUUAGUCUCAUUUUGCAUCACAUAGAAUCAAUAAAGAUUUGCAUUGUCUGUAGUGGAAA